UCUCUGCAGAGGAACUUAAUGCUUGUGCCACCGGAAACCAUUGAAUUUCAUAUCGGAACCUACAUGAGGCUGCCUGCACCAUCGUCGACUGAAAAGUUUAGUCAUAUUUGUUGUUCACGGUCGCGUUAUUUUAACCCAGAGAACGAGUUGUGCACCUUGGAAGUUGAAAUGUCAGCCGGUGCCACAGUGCCGCUCACGCUUGCUCACUAGCUACAGUAACGUCAGCUUUUGCUGCCAAUUUUCUCGCAGGAAUCAGUAUGGAUGCGCUCUGGGUAUUCCUAAUGCUGCUUGUCCCACUUCUGCUAUGGACUAGCAGCACCUUUGUUUUUUAUUUCAAAAAGUGUUUCUACGUGGCUUAUAUGAUGGUUUUGGGUGCGAUUGCGAUUCCGCUUAGUAUUCUGAAAUGCGGAGGCAGAGACGUUGAAAACAUGAGGGUGGUCCGUGCUCUGGUUCGCCAUGUUAAGUACUUCCUGGGUCUGAGGUUCGAUGUGAGUGGCUUGGAACACCUGCAGACAGAGGGACCCUACGUCAUCAUCUCCAACCACCAGAGCUCCCUGGACGUUCUGGGUCUAAUGGAGGUUCUCCCAGAUCGUUGCACCAUGAUUGCCAAGAAGGAGCUGGUGUACGCGGGCACGGUGGGCAUCGUGUCCUGGCUGGGCGGCAUCAUCUUCAUCAACCGCAAGAAGACCAGCGAUGCCAAGAGUGUCAUGGCCGACGCUGCCAAGACCAUGCUGGAAGACCAGAUCCGGCUGUGGGUGUUCCCUGAGGGCACACGGAACCAGAGGGGCGACCUGCUGCCCUUCAAGAAGGGAGCCUUCCACCUGGCAGUGCAGGCACAGGCUCCGAUCAUCCCCAUUGUGUUCUCCUCCUACAGUAACUUCUACCUACAGAAAGAAAAGCUGUUCAACUCGGGGACCAUCAAGUUGAAGAUCCUUCCAAAGAUCGAGACGAAGGGCAUGACGUCAGACGACGUGGCCGGCCUCGCCGACAAGUCCUACGACCUCAUGCGCUCAGUCUUCCUGGGCAUCUCUGGCUUCGCCCCCAUAACCCAGAGCAACGGGCCCCCUCGAACCACUGAACAUUCCCCCCCCCAAUCGUCCCAGCUCCCUACCUACGGUACCUACAGAUUAGGUCAAAUAUAUUGGCACCCUUAUGGCGCAGAAUGUUCCAUUUUAUCUUUUCAAAACUAUUUGAAUGGCACCUGCAAUUUACCACAGGUGUGAGAUAAAUGACACAGUAAACGAGAUAUUGCCUCUAACCAAAUUAUAUUGCCUCCAAUCAAGAGUCCAGGACAUUUUUCUUUGAAAUCUGCAGUUGUAAACACAGUUUAAUUUCAACUUGUUUUUGAAGAAAUAGAGAAUUGUGCAGGGGUGCCAAUAUAUUUAACCACAUCUGUAUCAGGAUACAACACACACACCAGGCCUCUCUCAUGAACUCAUCUGUUGUUUUGGCCGGGUACAGUUUGGUUCUGGUUGGCUCUUGCUCCGACCCAGCCCCCAUACAGUGCAGUCCUGACUUCUCACUACAGAAGACCUGUUGGCUCUGCAGGUUAUGAGUAGAGUGACGGACGGACGGCAAGUAAAACGGAACAUGAUUAAUGUGCGUUCAUCAUGCAUGCUUGGGAUCCCUUUUUUUUCUACCUCCACCUUUUUUAAAAGAGGCUUUAUUGUUAUUGUGUGAAUUUUCUUUAUUUUUUUAUUUUACCAGCCAGUGGUUGUACUUUCGCUUUUUUCCCUUCCUUCCGGCUCAACUUUUUUGUUAUUUCAUAUGUUGACGGUGGAUAUUUAUACUGAUCCUCUGGUGCUGCCUUAAAUUUUUUUCUUAAUGUGCUAUAAAAGACACGCACAGCACACAACUACCCUGCUUUUAACACACGCAAACCACUCCCACCGCUAACACACACGCACAACACACCACAGUACCCCCUUCCCCAACACCCCACCCACCCCCAGUAUAUCCUCUCCUGUUCUGUUGUGCAUACCAGCCUCUUUUUGAAGGAGUAGGGAACCAGGGUCUGGACCAUGGGUCUUGAGGGGAGAUGGAGGGCGACAGAGCGAAAGGAGAGGUCAGUAGUUGAUCAGGGACUUGUUCUUUAGCUGUGUCUCAGUGCAAUCAACUCUAUCGUUACAUACAGUGCAUUCGGAGAGUAUUCAGACCCCUUGUCUUUUUCCACAUUUUGUUACGUUACAGCCUUAUUCUAAAAUUGAUUAAAUCAUUUGUUCCCCUUCAAUCUACACACAAUGCCACGUAAUGACAAAGCAAAAAGAGGUUUUUAGAAAUGUUUGCAUUUAUUGACAAAAAUAAAGCGCCGCAGAAAUGUUUUGGUACUCUUGCCUAGAUCUGUGCGUCAACACAGUCCUGUCUCGCAACUCUACAGACAAUUGCUUCGACCUCAUGGAAUGAUUAUUGCUCUGACAUGCACUGUCAACUGUGGGACCUUUUUAUAUUGACAGGCGUGUGCUUUUCCAAAUCAUGUCCAAUCAUUUGAAUUAACCACAGGUGGACUCCAAUCAAGUUGUAGAAACAUCUCAAGGAUGAUGAAUGGAAACAGGAUGGACCUGAGCUCAAUUUCGAGUCUCAUAUCAAAGGGUCUGAAUACUUAUGUAAAUAAGCCAUUUCUGAUGAAGUUGCAAAAAUGUCAACCUGUUUUUCACUUUGUCACAAUUAGGGAAUUGUGUGUAGAUGAGGAUAAUUUUUUUAAUCCGUUUUUAGAAUAGGCUGUAACGUAACUGUGGAAAAAGUCGAGGGGACUGAAUGCUUUCUGAAUGCACUGUACAUACCACACUUGCUUCUCAAUCCAUGUGAUCAAAAUAGCUCAAUGACAUACUGUGACGACGCCAAACAAGCUAUACAAAGAAACAAAGUACAACGAGAACAAUCAUCAGUGAAUUCAUGGACUCUAGUGGACUCAACGAUUUACAAACACUGUACAUUGUUGGUGUACUAGCCUGGCAGGUAGCCUAGUGGUUAGAGCAUUGUGCCAGUAACCAGAAGGUCGCUAGUUUGAAUUCCAGAGCCAACAAAGUGAAAAAUCUGUCUGUGCCCUUGAGCAAGGCACUUAAACCUAAUUGCUCCGUUGAUAAUGGCAGGCCCUGGCCGUGACCUCACUCUCUGAGGGUGUCUCGGGGAGUUGGCAUAUGCAAAAAUACACAUUUCCCAUUCACACAUGUAUUAAUACACAUUGUACAUGUGUGAAGUAGGACAUAUAUAAAAGCACCCACCAAAUUAUUAUUACUACGUUGUCUUGUUUUACUUCCCAACAGCUUAGAAAUAACAUUGUGAAAAAAGUGUUUUCUUCAGCUGUGUUAUAUAUUUUGCUUUAUAUUUAUUUCUACAUCAUAUGAUAGUUUAUUUAGCUUGUUUGUAAAAAAAAACUAAAAAAACAACGGGCUCAGUUGGUAGAGGGUGGGUCUUGUAACACCAGGGUUGUGAGUUUGAUUCCUCACCCGUACGGGAAAUGUAUGCAGCCAUGACUAAAUCGCUGUGGGUAAAAGUGUCUGCUAAAUGGCAUAAAUUUGACUCCACUUUUUUUUUUGUCUUAUCAAAUAUCUCUUCUCUAUUUAAGAAGUGUCAGGUGAUUUCAUGAAGUUCAAGAUUCCGUUUUGUGCCAUGUCGGUGUGCAAGUGUUUUAAACGUUACACAGUGGAGAGAGGUUUUACUGAGCGGGAGUGUUUUUAAACCUAACACUGGGGAGUGAUCUAGAUGUUACAGUACAACGUGUUCUGAGGGAAGUGUUUAAAAUGUAACAAGUGACCUGUUAGUGAUGGCUCGUUUUUCAUGGUUUCCAAUGAAAAAUCAUCUGUUACUAGUCCUCGCUGCACUGCGGUGAUGACGGUAGAGCCAGUCGCCAGGUUUCACAUUUCAAAUCGAAUGUUUGACAUUAAGUUGUUUUUAUGGUCCUCUUAACUAGAUUUUUUUAAUAUUUUUUUUUUUACUAAUGGUGCAUUUCCAAUGAGGAUUUUCCCCAGUGAUUUACCCAAAAGGCUCACACUUUUCGGUUUCUAUCUACAUGGGCCAGCACCUGUCUCACUGGGCCAUGGCUCUGGCGGACCUGCUCUAACUUGGAGGCAAGGCCCUGGGAACUUUUCAGCUGGCAUUUACAUAGCAAUGGUUAACUGUGAAAUGUAACACCUUCCCACAAAGCAACUGUCUUGAAUGAUGCAGAUGUUGAUUCUGCACAUCCAAAGUCACUCUUGAUGUAAACACAAUUACACUAGAGCUUCCAUUUAACCAACACUGGCAACCCAUUGGUGUGGGGGUUAAGUCUUAAUGGAAAAGCACCAUAACUAACUACUAAUAAAGCCUGCUUGUUUCAGCCUGGCCCAAAAAAUACAAAUCUUUAGAGGUGAAAUAGGAAUCAAAUGCUCCUCAAACUGAACACCACACCUGUAUUUUGGUAACCCCUGUGAUACCCGUAGUUAAGAAGUAAAAUAUAGCCUAAUAAAUUGAGCAAUUGUCAAAUGUUUUAGAGCAAUCUUGGCAUCGUAACAGCACAGUAACGACUCUUGUAAAUCUUUUGCUUGGCCAAAUGUUCCCUAUUGGUACCUGGUAACUAGGAGGGCUGCUGUCCGAGUGGUUACCUUAGCUUUAUACUUGAGAAACAGGUCCUGUUUAUACUAUAGAUUAAUGAGGAAUAGGGAUAUGUGUUACGGGAAUGUCUCAACACCUACUGUAGUUUUCUGACCAAUUUAUGAUACGCAAAACCAAACUAAAAAUACUUUUUAUUUUAUCGGUGUAUGAUAUGUAAAGUCUGACUGCAGUUUAGAAGGCUUGGGCUAUUUAAAAAAGGAAUUGGCUGAGAUUUGUGACGUUUUAGCCUUAUGUCAAAAGGUGGUACAGUAAUCAUCAAAUUUAGGAUUGUGAAGUAAUUAAACUUGAGGUUUUAUAUUUUGUAAUUAGACAGAUGACGUCUUACAGUAAAUUACUGAUACUUUUUUAUUUAUGGCAAUAGUUUAUCAUUUGCAUACAGAUCUUGACAUUUUUGUAUUCACUGCUUUUACUUUACAGUUUGAUUAAAAAUGUCGCUUGCAGCUUUUUGCCUGUCAAACGCCAGUGUGAGAAUGUAUUUCGGCAUUCAUGAUUCUUUGUGUACUACUCUGGCUGCGUUUACACAGGCAGCCCACUUCUUAUAUUAUGCCCAAUUAUUGGCAAAAGCUGAUCUGAUUGGUUGAAAGACCAAUUAGUAAAAAUAUAUCAGAAUUGCGCUACCUGUGUAUAUGCAGCCUAAUUGCAUGUAACAUUUUUUUUUUUUUCAAGUAUAACAUAUUCCAAUAGAAUGUUAUCUUGCAUAACGUUGGUUUCUGACACUACAAAAUGUGUCUGAUGAAAUGUAUUUAUUUGAAAUUAAGUGUUAAAUUCGUUAACCUCCAGAAUCCAUUUGUAUUUCUUGUGCACCUAAACUUCCUGAGGAGCAGGGUUUGGGGUCAAUCAAUUCAGAAAAUAAAUUGAAUUUCCAAAUCCAAUUUUCCUCAAUUCUUCUAUAAGACAAAUAUGGAAUUAUAAUUUCAGUUUACUUCCUGAAAUGACUGAAUUGAAAUGGUAUUGAUAAAUUGCUCACGUUGUAGGAGUGAAAACAUUGUGUUUCGUCUGGCAAUAAACCUGUAUACUACUACGCCUCUUCAUAGUCAAGUGGCUGCAGGAGCUUUAGUGUCGCCUGCUGGACUCUUGGUUUACUUGGCUCCUAGGAGUAAAUCAACUCGGCACUCGGGCUUUCCUCAUCUUUCUUAUUUAAGACCAGUAACACCAUGUAAGUAAAAUACAUACGCCAGUCGGUCCCAAUACAUAAAAUUAAUCUGUGACAUCUGUUUUUGUUCACAGGAGAGCAUAUUUAUGAGAGUAUUUUUAUUUUAUUUGUUUUGCUUAUCCUCAUGUGGUGGUGUUACAUUUUUGAAAUCCUGCAACAAAGAUGUUUUCAAUGUUCAGAGAUGCUUCCAAUUUGGCACUAACCAAAUGUAAACUGUCAAUGAUUUUAGACAAUGGUCAAGAGUUAGCCUAUGAUUAUUUUCAUGGACGUUUUGUAGCUCAACUUCCUAGUGUGUCAGCUAAAAGCGUCAUCGACUCGAUGACCGUGAUAACUCGACAGGCUCUGCAACACUUCUUUAGAGAGCCUUGUUGGUUGAUCUGGUGUUUUUUUUUUUUUUUAACAAUUCAAUUGGAGAAAUUUAAAAUAUUCCAAAUUAAUUAAGCACUUCAUGGUGAGUUUGGGUGGUUAUAUAAAAAUGAUCUUAAAAUAUUCUAUGAGUUUCACCAAAGCUAUUAAAAUGUAAUCUGUUCGUAGCUUAAGAUAACUAUGUACAAGUGAACUGGCCAAAGUGUCUUGUCUUAUGACAUCUUGGUGAGCCUUCUGUGUGUGAUGUUUGAAGAAUGCCUUGGGAAAUGAUAAAUAAAUGUCAUUUUUUUCUUAAA